AGAUUUCUCAGUAACAGUCUGUACGUGUGUUCCUAAAAGAUGCCACAAGUGAAAUCUUGUCUAGGAAAGAAAAGGGUUGCUGCACAUUCAAAGUAGAAAUGCUUUUGGGUUCUCGAGGAACCACACAACGGGAAUAAUAAGGUUCGAUUGAAAUAAGCCCUCUCAUCAAUCUCCUCUCUCAUUUCUGUGGGAUUGUGGUCCAGAGAUAGCCAUUUUUUUGCCUUGGUAUCCCGGUAGAGAAUUUUGGGUUGGAGAAGAUUUCAGAGACAAAUGUUUUGAGUUUUGAGAAGUUGGUGGGAGCAAACAAACCAGAGAAGAAACUUCGAUCACAUUGCCGAUCUACAACAGUUGAAUGCCGACUCCUUGGAGAAUGGGAGGACAUAAAACUCAUUACCAUUCAAAAUUUCUUGCUCCCCUGAUCAAUUCAGCUGCUUUGUCACCACUCUGUUUUUGGAAAAGCGAGCAUCAAUCUCCUUCCGCUGGGAUUGGUGUGCAGAGAUAGCCCUUCAUCGUCUUUAUUGUGUCAGUAAGUGAUUCAGAGGUGAACAGAGAUAUGAUGAGGUGUUGGUCUGAGCAAACAAACCGGAACUUGUAUCAACCUGUAUUCUCUUAAUCAGAUUUGCCAUUACAAUUCUGAGGAUGUGAACAUUUUAAGAGCUCAAAUCAAAUGUGCAAAGCCGAAGAAGAAAAGUCCACCGUGGUUUUCCGUUGCAGCAUUAACUCCAAAUAUGAAAGAGCGAGGUUGCCGCCGCAUACAAGUUAGAAACAGCUUGUGGCAAGAGCAGGAAAAUCACACGUAAAGCUCUUGCCAUGCAGCUUUUCACCACGUGUCAAUAGCUCACAUUGUCCAUCUGCCCUUGCUAGAAGUUGAGACAACCACAUUAAACCCACUCCCCUCAGUUCCCUUCUACCGCAAAUACAGAGAAAGCCCCCUCACCGCUUUUAGCUAGCUAAAUUACCCUGAAACAGAGGAAAACGCAAAAUGUCUCAGGUGCAGCAUAUGAAGGAAGAAGAAUCUAAUGGGCAAGAGAAGAAGUUAUCUACCAAUGAGGAAAACCAACACAAAGAAAAGGAUCAUGAAAGGAAAGAUCAAAAGGAAGAGCACCGACUUCCUCUAAUGGCCUUGAAUCAUGUAUCGAGGCUUUGUAGGAAUGUGGAGAGUCGAUCGGUAGAUUUCUACACCAAAAUGUUGGGGUUUGUCAAGAUUGAGAGGCCACCGGCUUUUGAUUUCGACGGCGCUUGGCUGUUUAACAUGGUCUAUGGAGUUGGGAUUCACUUGGUGCAGUCCAAGGGUAAGGAUAGGCUCCCUGAUCAAGAUCAUUUGGAUCCCAUGGACAACCACAUCUCAUUUCAGUGUGAGGACAUGGAUGCAAUGGUGAAGAAAUUGGAGGAGCUAAACAUAGAGUACAUGAAGAGGACAGUGGAGGAUGAUAAAAAUGGGACAAAAAUUGAUCAAAUCUUCUUCAAUGACCCAGAUGGAUUCAUGAUUGAGAUAUGCAAUUGUGAGAAUCUCAAGCUUGUUCCUGCAGGUUCCUUGGGCAAAAUAAAGCUGCCAAUUGAUAGGCAUAAUCCUCCUGUGGAUAUGGGUGACAAUGGUACUGAUGCCAAGUCUGUAGGCUUUUCCUUUUGAUGAUCAACAUGGUAAUGUUAGGCUUAGGCGGUCACAAAGCUGAUAGCUUAGCUAGGUUUCGGUUGUGCCUCCGUGAGUCUUGAGAGAUCUCUUCAUAUUCUUAUGUUUUCUUGUCAAUCUUUCUUUUG